ACGCGGGUUGGGGGCCUCCUUUGUGUUACCGUAGAACCUGUGAAGAAGGGAAUGGUUGGAAGGUUGACAAAUUAAAGCAUGUUUACCAUCCCAGGACACCAGUGUCUGACACUAGGGUCCUUCGUCUUCGAUGACCUUUUUUUUUUUUUUUCUGCUACGGUUUGUAGCAGAUAACGCAUUCAUAUCUGUACCUUUUAAACUGGUACAGGCAGAGUAUUUCUGUUAAUUAUGUAUCUAUAUCUUCACCAAGACACCAGUUAAAGACCACACCAUGACUAUACAUCAUUUGGCAAGGAAGCUGUGGCCGGGCUUUCUACAGACAAGCCAGAAGCUGACGACUGUGUCCUGGAGAUAUCAGAAGCCCCCAUUUUAUAGGGUCGCUACACAAAACAGUUUAUCGUACAACCAGGACAGAUCUCUAACGCUGUCUGCCAGACAAUUCAAGAAUAGCGACAACCCCGGUGGACGUCAUACUUGCCACACAGAAGACCAUGAUGAGGAUGAAGAUGGAGAUCUGAUUGAUGAAGCCGAGGUAGACGAGCUGUUCCAUCAACAGGUUCCCAAAGUCAUCGGAGACGGAGAACACAGGAUCUUCAUUGUUCACCCCGAUGUGAAAUGGGGAAGCAGAAAGCAGUAUCUCACAACGGCGGAGCUGAUGGUGGACGAGGCCGUUGGUCUGGUGAACACCUUGGAAAACUGGAGGGUCGUGGACAAGAUCAUCCUCUCCACUAAGACGCCAGAGAAAAGGACGAUUUUUGGCAAAGGGAACUUCCAGUUUCUCACAGAAAAGAUUAGGCAAACCCCAGGGAUCACUGCCGUGUUUGUGAACGUGGAGCGACUUUCUCCUUCAUCUGAGAAAGAGUUUGAGGACGCCUGGGGUGUGAAGGUCCUGGAUCGCUACUCGGUGGUCCUCCACAUAUUCCGCCGCAACGCACGGACGCGUGAGGCGAAGCUACAGAUCUCUCUGGCGGAGAUCCCCCUGCUCAGAUCUCGCCUGAGAAACGAAAUAGCAAAUUUUGACCAGCAGGGCGGCGGUAACAGAUACAUCGGCGGCUCAGGCGAGACGCUGCUGGAGUUCCAACAGAGACAACUGAAAGAGCGGGAAACGAAGAUCCGCGUGGCCCUCGAGCAGCUUCGAAGGAAGAGAAACCUGCUGCGCUCCCAGAGGAAAGACAAAGACUUCCCAGUUGUCUCGGUGAUGGGAUACACCAACUGUGGAAAGACCACUCUGAUCAAAGCACUGACCGGGGACCGCGCCCUCCAGCCCAGGAACCAGCUGUUCGCUACGCUGGACGUGACGGUGCACGCCGGCCAGCUGCCCAGUCACAUGACCGUGCUCUACGUGGACACCAUCGGCUUCCUGUCCCAGCUGCCCCACCAGCUCAUCGAUUCUUUCUCGGCCACCCUGGAGGACGUCAAACACUCGGACCUCAUAGUGCACGUGCGAGACAUCAGCCACCCGGAGACGGUGAACCAAAAGGUGAACGUCCUCAACGUCCUGAAAAGUCUGCAGAUCCCAGACCGCCUGAUGAGCUCCAUGAUCGAGGUCCACAACAAGAUCGACCUGGUCAACGACUACCACCCCACAGAGCCUGAGACCGUGGCUGUGUCGGCGCUGACGGAGCAGGGUCUGGACCGGCUGAAGACGAUCCUGGAGGACGAGGUGGUCCGGUCCACCGGGAAGCUCAUCUUGAACCUCGAAGUAGACCUCAGCUCAGCCCAAUUAAGUUGGCUGUACAGGGAGGCCACCGUACAGGAAGUGACUGUGGACGCCGACGAAGGAUCGGCAGUCGUCAUGGUGAUAAUCGGCACGGCGGCAUACGGGCGUUACAGGAAGAUGUUCCCGGCCAGAUCCUAGAGGCAGCGCAAGGUCCCCCCUGCUACCGUACGUCACACGCCGUCUCGCGGAGACGACCGCUUCAGUCUUCUUCCAAAGGAGCACUGUACUCCCAAGUCUUAAAUAGUUGGGGUACACAAAGACAUUAUGGGGACACAGGGACACGUGGGUGUUAAUGAGCGGACCCUCCUUUCGCCAAUAGGAAAAACGUCCCAUCCCUCAAGAAUAUAGUUUUGUAAACAAUUUGAGCCAAACGUGAGCGAUGUCAGGAUAACGUCGCACUCCUACAGAAGUGUUUUCCAAACGCUGCUUCCAUUUGAUUCCCCCUGGCUAUUUUCCCUUUCCGCUACGGAGAGAAAAAUACAUUUACGUUCAGCGUCAUCUCAUUUAUUUGUUUUUCUUAGAAAUAAACUAAAUUAUUUGGUACAAACA